AUUGUAGAGUUUCACACAAACCGGCUAUAUUCAAUGCUCAGAUUAACCAAAAGUCGUAAAUGGUUGCAUUGUAUACAAAUCGAAAUUUGAUACGAACGAACACACUCUUAGCGACAGUCUCAACCGAUAUCGCUAUGCGUGUAUUCCAUAAAGCAAACAUUCAAUGUGAGAAAAACCCAAACACAGUGGCAAUUCAUUUUUAUUGACUAACGCAAACACAAAACACAUUUUGUUUUGGCUGACCGAUGCCGAUUUAUGUGCACACACAGAACGUGCACUCGUAUCAUGUCUCGCGCCAUCGUCUAAAAGUGCCGGUAUUUUUUUCUUUCAUUCUGUUGCGUACAACUCACCGAUGGAACGAACAAAAGUGAGAGAAAAACACCGUUUCGACGGUGUCUUUAAGCAUCACUUUUACAGUAGCUGAAGCCGAAUCAUCAAGUCACACGCAAACGAAACAUCGACCAGCGAACAUCGUUCAUAAGCACCGGCUUUUUGGACCCCAUUUUCUGUACGAUUUGUGUUUAAAACGAAUAUUUUUAGUUUUUGUUCGUAUAAUUAUUUGUUCGUUUCAUUGUGCUAUUGUUAUUUUGAAAACACGCAUUUUCACCCGACCUGCGAUAUUUCAAAAUUGUUUUUUUCUCUGAUUGUAAAGCCAAUUGCUUGCCCAACACACAAAUUGAACACAAUCCGAGUACCAAGGUAACGGCAAAAUGGUGAAAACCGUCGACACACCGAAGAAGCGUAAAGGCGUUCGCACGAAAAGUUUGAAGAAAGUCAAAAACACACCGUCGCUAACGUCAUUUGGCGACAUGAACGACGAUUGUUUAACGAGCGUUUUUGAUUAUUUGGACACCGCUAGCCUGGUAAAGAUGACCAAAACAUGUCAACGAAUGAAGGACAUUGUUACCGAUCGCGUGAUUCCAAGGAAAAUUGUACAAUUUGGUGAAAUUCGGCGACAAUCAUCAACACGAAAAGCGUUUGAAUUGUUUGGUCCAUCGAUGACACGAAUGAAAAUCCAUGCGGACGACAUUCAAAUGACUCGCCCAGGAUUCACGCGUUUUUCUGAAUUUUUGCGGUUGCUCAUGGCUUAUGGUGAGCCCGGAAAAUUGCAGCAGCUCUCCAUCAGUGGAUUUAUCGAGGAUGGUCGCGAAAUUUCAUCACAAUUGCUCGAAGCUGCUCGUCCUUAUCUCGAAAAUGUUCACACGCUCAGGAUCGAGUUACCGGCGAAUUCGUACAUGGCCGGCACAUUCAGCAACAAGCUCAUGACUCACAUGCCGAAGCAAAAUCUCCGCCAUUUGUGUUUGCACAACAUUCGAUUGAUUGGUGAAUGGCUUUCGGUGGAAUCGAUGCCAAAGUUGGAAGUUUUUCACUUGUCUGUUGGUCGCUCCUAUUAUCCCAGCUACGCAAACAAGACCAUCGAACAGUUGCGAACGUACAUUGCGGAAAAACCACAGCUGACCUGUUUCAAUUACGUUGGACCGAGUCAAGAAUCCAUUCUGGUCGAAGUGUCGCGUCACAUACCGAACAUCGCUCGAAUUUGUACGGUCAAAAAUUUGAUGGUUGAUGGUCAAUCCAAUGGCCAGAAUGACGACAACAACAGCACCAGUAGCGCCGCUUGGGGUCGUCAAGGCUAUCGUGCAAAAUGGAAGCAUCUCACCGAAUUUACGAAUUUGAAGCAAUUCAGCUUGGAAUCACAUGCGCCAGACUUCAAGAAUUGCGGCGAAGUUUUUCGCAUUUUGGCCAACCGAAAUACAGUUGAACAUCUUGAACUGAUCACGGGUCACAUUUGCCAAGACGGCAACAAUCCAGUUGACAUUGAUCAUUUGCGUCAGAUGACGAAUGUGAAAACGCUUCGAUUGGUUGACUUUGGUCGAUUCCAUGGUGACGAAUUCAUGGGUCAGCUCUUUGAAAAUCUCAUCGGCUUGCACGAGUGCACCAUCGAUGGCAGCCAACUGAAACAAGCCCCCAUCAUCAAUUUGGUUGAAACCGGCCGAAACUUGCGCGUCUUGAACAUGGCAACGCUCACAUCGAAAUACUACCGCAAACUGGUGAAGGUUCGCAAGGUCAAUCAUCCAGAACUACUGGGUCAGCCGCUGGUCGUACGCGUCCCCAAGCAAAUCGCCGAUAACUGCACAUCGGAGCUCAACAGCCGCACGUACAAACCAGACAUCAUCAUGAUCCAACCGAUACAGUAAGCAUAAGCGUCUUUUCAGUUGAAUUGAAAGAGACAUCUUAUCGAUUUGUAUUCACGUUUCUUUUUUGUUUAUUCGGGUUCUCUGUUUUGAAAAGUCUCAAGAUUUCCAUUACCCGAAUCAACCUCAUUUUCUAUUUGUAUACGACAUCAAAUGUGUCUUUUUUUCUGUUUAAAACUGAAUCAUUCAUUUGUUUCGAAGAAAUUUCAUAUUUAAUUGUUGAAUAAUUAUAAAAUUGAUGUCGAAAAUUUUCAAUAGAACAAGUGAAAAUGAUCACAGCCUGUAAGAAAUGAUUUGAAAUCGUAUUCGCAGAUAUCAGUGAUGUUCAUAAAUUUAGUCAUUUGCUGAACAAUUGGCCAGGGCCAUUGACAGUUAAAUAGGAGCGAGAAAUUGUGAAUAAAAUUUGAAAUUUGUCAAAAUGAAAGAAAAAAAAAAUGCCAAGAAAAAAGGCUAUCGAAGAAUCAUACAGCUUUAGAAAGCUUAUCUAAAAAUGAUCCGAGCAAUCAUAAAUUCUAAAUGAAAAUCGAAACCAGUUUAUUUUGAAUUGAAAUUUAAUCAAAUUAAACGGAAUCAAAGCUUUAUUGUUUCAAAAACCAUCGACUGAUUCGAAAGCAAACGAAUUUCGAAAUUUUCUUCGCAAAAACUACUUACCUUUCUCUAGAUCUAGAAAACAAAGUUCAUUCCAUACAGAAUUGUACAUCGAUUACUUUAAGAUGAUAGAAACAACCGGAAAAUUUAACCGGUAGUUGAUUUUUUUUUUAUUCAAAUUCUGUUUCGUUGUUCAAUUUUUGCUUCGAUCAUACACAUGGAAAUACUGUUAUUGAAAUGAAAAAAAAAUGAUUAAAAUGAUUUUCCUGUUAAAAAAAACUUCUAAUAGUCCAUAAAAAAUAAAAUUGGCUUUCAGUUAAUUCCGAAAAAAAAAUAAUCCAAAUAAAUGUAAUCAAAUGGCAAAUGUUCGUGUAGAAAUUACGGUCUUUUCGCUUUUUUUCAAUAAACAAAUACAAUAAUAAAGAGAAAAUUAUGACAA